UUACACUGAUUGUGCAGUGACUGACGUCAGACGAAAUGUCAUUCGCAUCGCUAUACAGCACAGCAGUUGCCUUAUACAGAAUGAUUUCGUUACUUUCUAGAUAAAAGACAAAUAUUUUCUGAAACUUUAACAGAAUGCAGUUGGGAGAACAAGUGUAGCAUUGUAUCCACCAAUAAGGGUUCGAAGUGAUUCACAUAAGAACUUGGUCUGGUUCCCAGAGUUUCUGUGAUUUCCUAAAGUUGUUGUUAUUUUGCUCUUGACGUCAAUGUUUUGCUAUUAGUGUAAGUCAUGUUAUUAAUAACGUAUUGGUAGCCGUCGUCUACAGGAUUACAAAUAGUUUACGACAAACAUACAGUUUUCACAUAUCUUUUGAUUUUGGGUAUAUUAUACCCAUAACGCUCCCCGAUUCAUACUGUUACAAUCCACCAUAAUGUUAUCGUUGUACCUAUAUCUCUGUAUUUUUAGUAGUAUAAGUUUGAAGAGCAUUUAACCACUUGAAUUGAGAAUGGUGUUGUUUACGUCAAUAGUAUUACGCUUCACUUAAAUAUAACUCUUGCCGAUAGUGUGUUGGUGGCGCAUUGGACACCCCUGGUUUAAACACAUUAAAUGUGUGUGUGUUUCUCAUUUUUCCUCAUGUAUUUUUGUAUCCCAAACCUAAAAUGGCCGCCUUUGCGUCACUAGCUAAUCUUGCUUCACACCAUACUUUCACCUUGACAUCUUUACGACAGGUUGGGCCUGUCUCUCUUGACGACAGAACACCGGCUUCUCGCUUUGCGUGUGUUGUUGAAAUAUUCCUCGCGGUGACAGACGAUUUGCGAAGUGGGCUGCGCAUCAAGCAAGCUGCUGCUAGAGAUCCGGGAGCAGGCGGAUAAAGCCUAGUACCAUAACUAGAAAAUGCCCAUAAUCAAAUUGACAACGCAGGCUUACUGCAAAAUGAUGCUUCAUGGGGCAAAAUACCCAUACUGUACAGUCAAUGGGAUAUUGGUGGCAGAAAAGCAAAAGCACAGAGAUUCACAGCAAGAAAUCCUUUUUGUGGACUGUAUCCCUCUUUUUCAUGGCAUUGUAGCACUGGCACCAAUGCUCGAGGUGGCAUUAACGUUGAUCGAUUCCUGGUGCAAAGAAAAUGGUUAUGUCAUAGCUGGAUAUUAUCAAGCCAAUGAACGCUUGAAAGAUGCAAGCCCAAACCAGGUAGCUGAGAAAAUUGCAUCUCGGAUUGCAGAAGGCUUUGGUGACGCUGCUCUCAUAAUGAUGGACAACACUACGUUUUCUGUUGAAUGUAUAAAUCCUUCAAUUCAUGUGUAUGAGCAUCAUGAUAACCGAUGGAAAAUCAGACCCCUGCAUGAAGACUUUUGGGAAGACUGGGGUGAAGCUCAAAGGAUUUCUGCUUCUCUUAUGGACAGCAGGUCCUAUGAGACCCUUGUUGAUUUCGAUAACCAUCUUGAUGAUCUGCGUAAUGACUGGGCAAAUCCAGAUAUCAACAAAUCCAUCCUCCAUCUAUGCUAAGAAUGAAGUGAUCUCGGGCUUGGUUCAUGCUAUGCAAGAACACCUCUGAAUGUAGAAACUGUUGAGAAUUUCUAACGGGACGUGACGAGGCAGCUAAAGAUGGAAAUAUGAUGCAUGAUAAAGAAGGCCACGGAGCCUCUUUGAGGUGUUUGGUUGUUGUUAGUAAGAAACUAAGGCAAGAAGCAUUUUGACGUCUAUUUGCAGCACAGAGAACAGUAAAAUAAUCAGACGAAUACACACUGGUUGACCAUUCAGUUAAUGUUUUGUCUUCUGUUAUCUAUGAUGUCAAGAAGAAUUUCUAAGGAUAUUAUCAGUUUUCUCAAAAUGCAUCAAACGUCUUAACACUGACUAAAUAAUAAUUGAAAUACUGUUGAAUUGUAGUUUUACUUUUCAUGUAAUUUAUAUAGGUUAAAUAUUCACAUUGACCAUGCUUAGACCAAUAUGGCCCAGAGAGAGGUUUAAAACUUUUUUAUAUCACUACAUAAUGAAAACCUUUGAUUGCGUUGUGAUUAACACAAAAUGGCUAAACUUGGUAAGAUUAUAUGUUUUUAUUGAAAUAGGGUAUUAAAUAUUGCAAAUGCCUUUUUUCCCAGUACAAUUUAACAGAAUUCUAUUUUGCAUGGAUUUAAAAAAAAAAAAAAAAAAAAAAGUAGCUUUGCAUUGCUGGUGCAAAACAAGUAUUUGUCAUCUGAAACACUCUUUAUUUUAUUUUUUUGUGUAAGUUCUGUUCAAGUACAUUUGCUGCUUUGUUUAAAGUGUCCCCAAGAAAGUUUGCGUUAUCCUUACUAUUGUUUACCUCUUGUGAUGUUUAUAUCUUUUGUAUGAUCAAUUGCUGUUAAAAAAUUAUUAUAACUCUUGUUUUGUUCUACCAUUUUGUACCCUACAAGAAGCCUUAUACCAAGAAAAUUA